UUUCCCGUUGCACCCAUUGGCCUCCGUGGGGUUUCCAUGGCAACGGAUUCUCCCCGAGGCCUACUACUACUACAGCAGGGUUUGCAAUGGCGGCGAAGGCCUCCUCUGGAAGCGGCGGAGAAGGGACUCAAGUGAACUCCAAAUGGCUGGAUGCCCACUACGACCCAGUGGCCAACUUAUACACCUUUUCCUCUUGUGUCACUCUGGCCGACCUGUAUGGUGAUGGGGACUAUAAGCUGGUGGUGGGUGACCUGGGUUUGACAGGGAAUGAGAUGAAGCUGAAGGUGUAUCAGGGCAUAGGCCUCCUGAGCGAGAACGCCCUGCCGGAUUUGCCCGUGAGCGUUGCCACCUUUCUGAUGGAGCAGCAUGAGCCGCGCAUGCCGGCUGUGGCCGUGGCCUCUGGGCCCUUUGUCUACGUGUACAAGAACCUCCGUCCCUACUUCAAGUUUACGCUGCCCCCAAUGGAACUCAACCCCAUGGAAAAGAGUGUUUGGGAACAGGCAAAGGAGGACAAGGUUGACCUGAUGUCGAUGAGAGAGAUGUUGGAGGAGAUACGUGAAAAUGCUGAGAUGCCCUUAUCAGUGCAGUCCUUGAGGUUCUUGACGCUUGACCCUCCUGAGAUGGAACAUUUUGUGAACCAAUAUAAGAUGCAACCAAUCAAGCGCCAGACUGUGAUCACCUGCAUUGCUACCCUGAAGAAGAACAUGGUGGAUGAGGAUGCUAUAAGCUGCUUGGUGAUUGGAACAGAGAACAGUGAAAUCCUGAUCUUGGACCCUGAAGCUUUUACCAUCUUGGCAAAAAUGAUAGUGCCAAGUGUGCCAGCAUUCCUGGAUGUUACGGGACAGUUUGAUGUGGAGUACCGACUUACCGUGGCUUGCCGUAAUGGAUGCAUCUAUAUCCUCCGCAGGGACUCCAAGCGGCCCAAAUACUGCAUUGAACUGAGCGCUCAAGCUGUGGGUUUGGUUCGGAUCCAAAAGAACAUUGUAGCAGCCUGUUCAGAUGAGACGCUCCAAAGCUAUACUCAAAAGGGGAAGAAGCUCUGGGUGGUUUCUUUGCCUGGCACCCCCAUCACUGUGGGUCUCCUCGAUGAGAAGUUCCAGAGCUUUCAGGCUGUCCUGGUGGCUUUGGCCAAUAUGGAGGUCCACAUGUACCGGGACAAGAACCUUGUGAAUGUCAUCCAAACGCAGGAUAUUGUCACCAGUAUCUGCUUUGGCCGAUACGGACGCGAGGAUAACACCCUUGUCAUGACAACCAAAGGUGGGGGUCUGAUCAUCAAGAUCUUGAAACGGACUGCUACGUUCAACAAGGGGGACACAGCGAUUGGCGCCCCUGUUGCGCAAAGCAUCAAACUCAACGUGCCGAAGAAAACAAAACUCUAUGUGGACCAGACAAUGCGGGAGCGGGAGAGUGGCGUGGCCAUGCAUCAGGUGUUCCAGACCGACCUAAGACGCAUUCGUCUCAUGGCAGCACGAGCCUAUGUUCAGGCGCUGGAGUGUAGCAUGACACCUGUCUCAGAGUCACUGCGGGAGCCUCUCAAGAUGAAUGCCGUGGUCCAGGGCAUGGGCCCCACAUUCAAGCUGAGCCUCAACCUCCAGAACAUGUCGGAUACUCAUGCAGUCGCAAACCUUCUCAUCAGCUUCCUCUACGAUGAGAAACUGUACUUCAUUGAACAGCCUUUCUUUAAGGCACCUAUGUUGGUCCCAGGACUGAAUUACCCGCUGGUCACUUUUGUGGAAUGUCUCAGUGACCAAGGGAUCUCAGGUGUUUGUGUUGCGCGAGGGAGCAAAAGUGCCACUGCUCACCGCACACAUCAACAUGCCAGUCAGCGAAGGCCUGGCAGCAUUAUGACCUACUAUCCAAGUGGGAGAAAGACAGCAGGUCUGCCUAUCAGAAGCCUGGGCACCGCAGCAAUAGCAUCUCCAUAGCCAUUGGCACCGUGAUAGGGUUUGCUCAGAGAGGAGUAUCAUGCCAGGGCAACUUAGUGGGGUUCAGGGAGAAUCCACAUUGAGACUACAGGUUAGGCUCAGUUUAGAAAUAGCUUGUCUUCUCGUUUUAGAGAGCGAAAGCUAGGACAGCCAGCUUAAGGCCAGAAAUCCAAUAAAUAUUAACUUCUUCUUAAAUUUGUCUGUGGGUCUAAUAUCACACUUUUGGUUGCGGUUAAAGUUGCACACUGGUGUCUCGCUUCAGUUGCACGUCAUUGCCAUGUAAUGCAAAGAUCGUCUAGAAAAAUUAAUGCGUAACUCUGCAUGCAAAGAUUAUACUGCGCAAUACCGGUCUAGGAUCUGAGAUGAUCCAUUUAUCAAGAGUGGUCUGAGAAACUCCAAGCCGGGGAGAGGAGAGCUUGUGGCCCUCUCAGCAUUAGACUGCAGUUCCCAUCAUUCUUCACUGUUGGCUUUGCUGGCCAAGGCAGUUAGGGAUUCCAGUCCAAUAUCUAUCAAUGUCUGUCCGUCCGUCCAUCCAUCUAUCUGUCCACCCACCCACCUAUCUCUCUCAUCAAUAUGUAUGGAACAGGCAUCAGCUCUCUGCUGAUGUAGCAAAUCCACAAUUCAAACAUGUCACUAUCCUGCUUUUGGUUAUCAAUGUACAAGAAAGGAGGAUGCGCCAUAUUCGGAGACGAGUCUGUUCCAUCUUUGCCCAUUCCUGCAGCUCUCGCAUCCCAAUGCUUUGAGGCUGCAAUUCCAGAAACAUCUGGAGGGCCACAGUUGCCCAUCCCUAACUUUUACUAUCCGGAGGUUCUUCCUAAUGUCAAGUCCUUUCUUUCCUUGACAUUUGAAUCCAUUGAUCAACGCUUUGACCUUAGCAGAUUCAAGCCUGGCACACCAGCAGGUGGCAGGAUUGAAACUUCUGAUGUGUCUCAAGCCUUUAUGCCUCUUUUUUUCCAACUCUCUUGCGUCUGUACAGCAGAGUUUGGGUCUUUCUUUUAAACGGGCGAGUUUCUUUCUUCCAUUUCUCCAUCCCAUGAGAACUGCUGGCUCUUCUUUUUUCCUGUUUUGGAAAGGUUGUAUUUUCUCUUGUCAGGCUGCCAUACUUUUUUCGCCAACGGAGCGGGCGCUUGAAUCGUCCUCUCCAUCAUUGGUGCGGUUUUGUGACUUGCGCCUUUGUGCGUACAAGGUGUGAAUGAGCAAGCGGCAUCCCGACCACAAUCUUCAUCAACAACCCUGUUAUGAGAAGGUGCUAUGUUUCCUCUCGAAAGAGGUAUCUGUUUCUAUAGUCUUCCCUAUCGAGCUCCCCUCCUGGUUUUCUCUCUGCUGCCAGUGCCAUAUAGGGCCUUUUGCCAUGGCUCCACUGCCUUAACAGUGCUAUCAUUGCCACUUUGCAGAAAGUGUUCAGGGUGCCAGGCUAUUUACGAUCAUUUGUGGUCUGUAUGCCCACCUAUUGCAUGUUAGGGGCUCCAUUGAGUAUCCUAUUGCUCCUUCCAAUUCAGAGUAUUCAGCUGUCGAACAUCUCUUCCAGCAAGUCAUUCCAUAGUUUGGGGGCACCUAGAAAAUUUCCUCUGGCUGACAGUUGCCAACCUAGUCCUGGCUGACCAGAGUAAAUGUCCACCAGAGGACCUGAGUGUAUGGGGCGCAUUGUAUGAAAGGAAGUGAUCCUGGACCCAAACCAUGUAGGGCCUGAAAGGUAAUACCCAACACUUGGUGCCUUGCCCAGAAAUUAAUUGACAUCAAGUGGGAUGGUUUUAAUACCUGUGUAAUGUGAUCACUCCUGGAUGCCCCAGUAAUUAGAUAGAUGGAUGG